AUGGCCUUCAGCAUCUACCUGGCCUUUCCUGUGCUGUCAGGGAAACAAGUUCUGACAGCCUUCUCCUUGAAUGCCCUUCUCUGGAUGUUCCUCGUCUUCACUGGGAUUUCCCUUGUCGUCAAGGAAUCACAUCGACCGUGUGAAGAUGUACAGAUCCUUCAAGGAGUUCUGGGAAGAAGAGCAGUCACUGGAAAAGCAUCCCCUUAUCCCCUAUCCCUGUUUGCCUGCCAAGGAAAAAUAACGUACUAUGAGCACAGUUUGGACGCAGAACUUAUUCACACCUCCAGUUUUCGUUUUUCUACAUAUCUGUUUGACUCUAUCCACAAUUUAGUUUGGACACCCGUGUUAAAUCCCGAUACUUUACAACUGGAAACAAAUGGUUUAAGUUUGGAAAGCUCAUUUGGAACCAAAACAAACAUCCAGAUUACAAGGGAUAUUGUAGUCUCAACAUUGAAAGAACCGGCCAAUGUUUUCAGCCGCAAAGGGAUAUCCACAGAGAAUGGAGUUCAUGCCACUACUACGUGCCAGAAGACACAAGGUCAGCCAAACACUCCUCCCAGGGUCAUUCAUGCCAUUAAGUGGAUCGCAGCAACAGUUGGACACGAGUUCUCAUUUUCAAUACCGCCAGAGACAUUUCAUGACCAAGAAGAUGGGAAUUCAACUCAACUGACCCUUGGAAUGAACCCCAUCGACGGCUCCCCGACAGAUCUGGACAGCUGGUUACAAUUUAAUGCCAGGGAUAGAAGGAUGUAUGGUUAUCCGCUGGAUGCAGAUUUCCAGUAUUCCCCACAGGAGUUUUUACUUUUUGCCAUAGAUUCAGGAGGACUAAAGACCGAAGAUAAAUUUGUCGUAGAAAUAUUCAAACCAACUAUUAUUCCAUGCCACGUUUAUACGGUAAUCGCAAAAGAUAGCUACCACUCGUUCCUGAAAAACAGAAAGAGGAUUUACUUAUUUUUAAAGAAACUUUCCGAUUAUUUGUUGGUGGAGUCUCCUGGGCAUGUGGUUCUGCUCCAUCUCAAAACUGGCUCCGCCGUGUUCACAUGGUACAACAAAUCGUUUUGCCCAAAGGCUGAGAAAUGUGCACGAGAUGACAUCCAGGAUGUGCUCACCAAACUAGGAAGACCUGAGGAAGACGUCCAUCCAGAUUUUGCAGACGCCAUGUUGCCAGAAUUCAAAAUUGAACAAAUUGGAGAGGUGGGAUACGGUGGGAUGUGCUUAUCUGCGACAAACCCAACAAACGACUCUGUAGCGUUCAACAGGACUGUCACUGGAUUUGACGGCGGCAACUGUUGGAUAACAAACGCGCUCAUGGCCUUGUUAGUUGCUGUAUGUUGCACAAUUCUAGCCUUCCUGAUCAUUGUCUAUCGUCAGAAGUAUCGCAAGAAAACAUUUCAACCAGAGUGUUCACCUUCCUGUGGCCACAUCAACUUCAAGAUGGGCACACUGACUUCUCGCAAAUCUCCUCUACUGGAACAGGAUGUUCUGCCAUCAACUCGGUUACCGAUACCCAUGUCAAUGGUUUGUCAACAGCGUUCCUUCAGACCACAUCGAGGUCUGGUUAUCUCAAAGCUUCCAUCUCCUCCGAAGUAUAGACUUCCGCCAUUGUAUGAAAGGAAGGAUCCUGGAUGACCCUACUCGCUCA